AUGAAAAAUAAUAUAUUUGGUAAUAUAUUGACAAAUCAUAUUAUAAUUUUUUCAGUUAUUUUAUUAGUAAAUUUGUUAAUAUUUUUUUCUUUUAUUAAUGGUUUUUUAUAUUCAAGACAAGGGAUUACAAAUAAAUCGGAAGACCUUGAAGUAUUUUGUAGAAAGGUAUUUGGAGAUGAAUAUAUAGAACCUUUAAAAAAAAAAAAAAAUUUAUUUUCUAUUAUUAAUGCACCAUAUGAUAGAGUUGUUAUAUUAUUAAUAGAUUCUUUAAGGUUUGAUUUUAUGCUUUAUGAUCCAAAUUAUAAUAAAGAAAAAGAAGAUGAAAAUGAAGAUGAAAAUGAAGAUGAAAAUAAAGAUGAAAAUAAAUAUGAAAAUAAAGAUGAAAAAGAAUAUAGAAAUAGAAAAAUAGACAAAAAUAAUAAAUUACAUGAAAGGAAAUUUUUUUUAAAUAAUAUGAUGAAUUUACAUAAUAUUUUAAAAAAGGAAAAAAAAAAUUCUUUAUUAUUUCGGUUUGAAGCUGACCCACCUACUAUUACCACUUCAAGAUUAAAAUCUAUUUUCAUGGGAUCAGUGCCAAAUUAUAUGGAUGUUAAUGAAAAUUUUAAUCCUACUCCUAAUGUUCAAGAUAACUUUUUUGAGCAACUAAAUAAAAAUAAAAAAAAAAUUGCAGUUAUUGGUGAUGACACCAUUACACACUUAAUCAGAAAUUUAACGAAAGAGUUUGUCUACGAAAGUUUCAACAUUUUCGAUUUUUACUCUUUAGAUAUAGCAUCAAAAAAACAUUUUUAUGAAGAAUAUUUUUUAAACUAUUGGGACUUUAUGUAUAUUCAUGUCUUAGGUGUUGAUCAUGUUGGACAUAUAAAAGGACCUAAUUCUAAAACGAUGAAAAACAUUUUAAAAGAUUUUGAUAUGUUUAUAUACGAUAUUAUUAAUAAAAUAAAAUUAGAAAAAGAAAAAAAAACUCUAUUUUUAGUAAUUGGAGAUCAUGGACAAAUGGAUUCUGGUGAUCAUGGUGGAAGUAGUAUAGAUGAAAUAGAAAGUGCCUUAUUUGCAUAUUCACCACUAGAUUUUAUUUCUUUAAACAAAAAUAUAAACCAAAACAAUUUUAUUUUUUAUGAUAAAGAUUCAACAGAAAAACCUUUUUUUACUAGUAAUAUAAACAUAGAAGGAUAUAAAAAAUAUCAUUCAUCUUUAAAUAAUAUCAAUAAGAUUAACACUUAUUAUUAUAAUGUUAAACAUACAAAACAAUUAAACUUAAUUAGCACUCUAUCUUUGUUAAUGGGAUCAACUUUACCUUUUUGCAACAUAGGGAAUGUUAUUUUAGAUAUGAUUCCUAUAGCAUACAUAAAUAAACAUUCUAAAUUAAAAGAUAAAAAAAAAAUAGAAAAUAAUAUAGAAAUGAAUACUAAUGAAAACAAUAAUAAUAACACAAAUUAUAUUAAAAAUGAUGAUUUAGAUAAUCAUUCUGAUUUAUAUUAUGAGUUAUUAAGCUUACAUUACAUAGCAGAGUUAAAUUAUGCCAAUUUAUGGCAAAUAAAUAGAUAUUUAAAUACUUACAAAAAAAAAUAUAGAAUAUUAAAUAAUAAGGAUUAUUAUUAUAUUAAAAGUACAUGGAAGAAAAUAGAAGAGGAGAAGUCUCAUUUUUUUACACCUAAUAAAGAAUUUGUUGACGAUGAAGAAAUAUUAAAAAAAGAACAAAUUGAGUAUAUAGAAUAUAUAAAUAAAAUGAGAUAUUUAAUGGAUUUUACUCAAAAAUAUUUUUAUUCUAUAUUUACUUUGAAAAGUCGUUAUUUUUUAGUUUUAUGUUUCUUUAUAAUUAUUUAUUUUUUUGUAAUAUUUAAAAUUUUUUAUUAUCAUUCUAAAUUGAAUUAUUACCAUAACACAAUUAUAAGGAAUAGCUAUUUUUUUAUAAUAGCAUUAUUUAUCUUAUUAAUGCCUUUUAAUUCAUAUAAUAAGAAUAUAUAUUUAUUAUUUUUUCCAUGUGCAUUUAUUUUAUAUUUUGUAACUCAUAUUUUAUUAAAAAAUAAAUAUGAAGAUUUUUUUAUGUUAUUCACCUAUGCAAAAAUAAUUCUAAUGCUUAAUAAUAGUUUGUUGCAAGAAGAAGACGUAAAGGAAAAUAAGAAAAUAAAAGAACAAGGCAAUGUAAGUGUUAUGAAUAAUGAUAAAGAGACAAAAAUUAACGAAAAUAACGGUCAUUUAUUUCUGAAUUUUAUAAAAUUAAUAAGGAAAUGCAUAAAUAGAAUAAAAACAAAAAAUGCAAAACCUAAUGAAAAUAUACAAUGUAAAGUAAAUGAUUUUAAGGAGAAUAAAACUUUUGUGUUUCAUAAUAUAUUUAAAGUAUUAAAAAUAUUUUACACAAUUAAAAACAAAUUUCUUGAUAUAUUGAUAAAUAAUAUAUUUUUUAUAUUUGUUAUUAUUUGGAGUUCGUUUUUAGUAUCCUUUACUUAUAUACACAAAGAAAGAUACUACAUUCACCUUAUCUUAUUUAUUUAUGUAAUUUGUUGCUUAUAUAAAUGUAAAAGUAAAUUCGAUUUUAUACUCUUCAGAGGAUGUCCCUUGCUAAUUAUUUUAAUACUUAAUAUAAUAUUUACUUUUACUUCUGACUUUUUUGAUCAUAACACAGAAAAAGUUUUACUAAAUAAAUUAGAGUUAAAAAUAGUAUUCCCCAUUUCUUUUUAUUUUCUAAGUGUAAUAUUAAUAAAUAGUGGUAUAAAUAAAAUGUUACGAAAAAAUAUUAAAUAUACGAUAAUUCAAAUAUGGACAUUACAGUUUGUUCUUGUUUUUAUAUUUUUACUUAAAUCAAAUGAAUAUAUUAACUUUUUAGUUCCUCCAUUUAUUUAUUUUUUGACUUUUUCACUUUUUAUAUUUAUUUUAUUAAGAAAAAGUAGCAUAAUAGAAAAAAAAGGAAUAUCUGAAACUAUUCAAAAAAUGUAUGAGGUUUCUAUUAGUUUAUUUAUAAUUCUUUUUUCAUCACUUCAAUUAUCUCUUAUUAUCUAUAGUAAUACAAAUUUAAGUGUUUUGCUCCCUUUUUAUAUAACAUUAGUAUUUUUUUUCUUCUUUUUUUUAAGUGUUGACAAUUUAGAAGAUAAUAAAAAUAAAAUUAAUAUUGCAAUUAACUGGAUUAAUGAAAACAAGGAUAUAAAAGUAUUUAAUAAAGAGGAUAAAAAUGAUUUUGAAACAUACCCUGUAAAUACAUCAAUUAAAGAAAAAUUUUUUCUUAAACUUGAAAUAGAAAAAAAUAAUAUAUUAGACAAAUGUAAUUUAGUGAAUAAAGCAGAUGUAACACAAAUGCAAAUUUAUAAAUUAAUUAAAAACUUAUCAUUCUAUUUAAUUAACGAGACUGAUUUUUAUAUUUUAUGUUCUAUACUUUUAAAAUACUCUUUUUUUAUAACUGGUCAUAAACUUGUUUUUAAUAAACUACCUAUAAGUUCAGCAUACGUAGGAUUAAAUAAGUAUGUGUGGCCAUUAUGCCAGUUUUAUUUGUUUAAUCACAUUUUCUUUCCUUUUAUAUUUUCACUUUUUUUUGUCAUUUAUAUUUAUAAUUUGAGAAAGAUCAAAAUUAUGCUUAUAUUUAAGGAAUUAGAUUUUUAUAAUUUUUAUUUUUAUCCAUUGAUAAAUUUUUUAUUUAAAAUUCUCUUUUUGUUUUGUUCCAAAUUUAUUGUUUCUUUAUUGGCAUCAUUUUAUUUAAACAUGCACAUUAUGCUUAACGAUUAUUUUCUGCCAAACUUCUUUUAUAUAACAGUUAUUAAUAUCCUUUUUAUAUCAUUUUGUUUAUUGAUAUUAUCAAUAACUAAAUAUAUUCUCUUAAGGUAA